CGAAAAAUAGCCACAGAAUGGCGUUUUAGGAAAGCCACGCACGCGUGCAAAAGCUGUUACGCCGCCUGGAGGUACCUCGGUGAUCAGCCCUGUCACCGUCCCUGGCGUCCCUGCGUUACACCGCCUGAAACUGUAUCGCCUAGUCGGCGUCCUAGAGAUUAUUCAAACUUCCAUUGUGGAGAUGCUUAGUUUGACGUCCGUACCCUGACACUUGACCCUGAAUUCAAAAAGUGCAUGGCGUUUGUACAAAAUACUAGAAUAGCGUCUGUCGCUCCUACCGCACUCGCCGUUCACCACAACACAACACAGGACACCCUCUCUUUCCCAUGAAGAUGGAUGUCCUCGAUACCGCGAGCUCGGGCGCUCAGAUUGCUGGCAAUCUCAAGAAAAGAUCGCGCUUUUUCUCCUCCAAGGUUUUGAGCAGCGCUAUCGAACAUUUACCAGAUGUCAACACGGGUCGUCUCAGAAUCGAGAAAUAUGUAGUAUGGACUAUCUUAAUACCGUUCAACCUUUUCAUAAUGUACAUGUUCGCAGAUUGGGCGAAGUAUUCCUGGAUCCUCUUUCCGAGUCUAAUACUUCGAGCCGUUGUGGAUUUUAUCGAAAUUACCAUGGUCAUCAAUGCCCUAAUUCGAAAGCGAUUGAACCCGCCUCAAAUCAAGAUCCCCGCAACGCCAGAGAACUUGGUCUACCUGCUAUGCUGCUACAACGAAUCGUACGCGGAGAUGAUGAACUCGUUGGUUUCGCUGGCUGAACAGCAGUCGCUGGAUGAUCACAAGAAGGCUGUCGUCGUAGUUUGCGAUGGUCGCGUUAGCUGCAAGGGCAUGACCAAAACGACUUCCGCCCAUCUGAAAGAAGACAUUGUUGAGCGUCCGACUAGCACAUUCAUGAAGGAGGCGUACACUGCCUGGGACGAUGGUCCAAUGGACAUUGAAAUCAUCAAAGGUGAAUUCCGAGGACUUCCAAUCGUUUGCGUCAUCAAGAACGAGAAUCGCGGCAAACGAGAUGGCAUCAUCCUGAUCCGGACAUUCCUGAACAAGUUCAACCAGCGCAAGGCAAACCCCGAUCUGAAGAUGAUCUCGCCCGAACUUUUCGCCGAGCUCUCGGGCUUCCUCGAGGCCCAAUCCAUCCAGAAAGUGGACUACGCUAUUGGAAUAGACGCAGACACCCGAUUCGACACCAAAUGCGUUCACAGUCUGAUGCAGACCGCAAGAGAAGGCGAUGAGAUCGUGGGAGUGACUGGCUACAUCCGACCAGACCCCAUAGCUCUGGGAGGAUGGACUAUUUCCUAUCUGUACCAAAACGCCGAGUACAUGGUUGGCCAGCAUCGGCGUCGCCUGCGUCAGAGUCUUACAAGCGGAAAGGUGACGUGCCUGCCUGGCUGCUGUCAACUACUGCGGGUCUGCGAGGAGACAUGCGGCGAUUUCAUCCUGGGGAAAUUCGGAUACUAUCCCAAGGCUUCCGAUGGUCUGUUCCGAACCGUCCGUUCCAUGAUGAGUGAAGACAGAGAUCACGUCUGUCUCGUCAUUGCACACUACGCCCACGUCCGGACGCGUGUGAACCUCAGUGCGCGGGCGUACACUACGGCGCCAACUACUCCUUCGGUCUUUGUCAGUCAACGUCGCAGAUGGACGCUAGGGCCGCUCACAAGCGACAGUCUCCUCCUCAGCCGCAGAUCGACAGGCUGGAUGGAGCGAGCUUCUGCUUUGGCUUCUUUGACGCACUGGGUGCAGAACCCAGCGCUUCUCAUCUCUCGAUUCUUCCGUGACCUUGACGAUCGGACCAUCUUUUAUAUUGUAGCUUUCGAGUACUACCGUCGCGUCUUUGACUUGCUGGUCACCCUCAUAUCGUGCGACUCGUUCGUUGAUGUUGUCCAGACGGUUAUUGGCUGCGUUGCCUACACCUGGUCUGCAGCCUACGUCAACGUUUGCACCCAGUUCUACACGCUUUGGAGGAUGGACGAUUUCCGGUGGGGCAAGACACGCAUAGCGGUUGCAGGGAAGGAAGAGAAGACGCACACGGGGUAGAGACCAGGCUUCCGGGGAACCGCAGAUGGGGGAAAUUAGAGAGGUUGGGCGGUUUCUUUGUUCUCUCUGCUUACGGUUCUGAGCCCCUGGCUUAGUUUGAGCCCUGGCGGGUGCAGCCAAUCGGGUCAUAGAUCGCACGUCACCCCUCGUAACGUAAUCAUAGAUACAGAAACG